AUGACCGAUCAGAAAAAGCAAACUGUAUUCGAUAAAAUAGGGCAAAAACUUUCUACUAUUAAAGACGAUAUUGCAGACAGAGUUGAAACAAUAAAACAUUCUCAAAGUAGUAGCAAUAGUUUUGUUAUGAGAACAAAUAUGGAAAAUGACACAGUUGUUAUUGAAAAGAAAGAUCCAGCACCAUCACCAUCACAUCUGAGAAAGCAUGGUGAUGAUAGUAGUUCACUCGCGGGGAUUAUCGGAAAUCAGUCGUCCACAACAGAUCGUCAUAAUUCAGUGUCAUCACUCAGUAAAAGUAAUAUCAGCACAUUAAGUGCUCCGAUUAACACAUCGUUUAUUCGUUCGGAUUCUCAUCGUUUAUUACAAGAUCUAUUAUCAACAGAGAACAGUGCUCAAGCGAAAGAUAAGUUGAUGUCGUCUGUACGUCAGGAAAUGUUUACCGGAGCACGUACAGCAAGUGAAAGUGGAAGUGAAGAUUAUGUUAUUCAUAAGGUCGAUUCACAAGGAACGCUAGUUAAACCACUACCUAUUUAUGGAAAUGAAAUAAGUACAAAAAAACCGACAAUGUUAUUAAGUGGUCCAAAAUUUAGAGCACAUACUGUUGAACCAGAAAAUCAAUUGACAAGAGAUACAAUUAAACCUAUAUCGAUCGCUAUUGGUGUAAUAUCAAUAAUAAUUACACUAUGGAAGCCAAUAUCAUCCUUUUUCAGUGGUUUUAGCGUUGGUUUUAUGUUUGCUACAGCUGUUUGCGUUAUAUUAGUUAAAAUGUACACAAAUGCCAAAGCUGAUGAAGGUGUUGUGCAUGAAUGGAUUGACUUUCCUCAAUUAGAACAAAUAUUAGCAGAAAAAACAGCUAAAGAGGACAAAUCCACAUCUUUACAUACUUGUGGUGAACUUAUAUUUGGCCGUUAUGACGCUGAUCGCGAUGAUAAAUAUGUUCGCUAUCCAUGUGUUAUUCAUCUUGAACAAUACCGUCUUAUUAUACAAUUACCAACAAAAGCAGUUAUUGGAUCAGACAAGAAAGAGAAAGAAGUUAAAUUUAUCGGCUAUAGAGAAUAUAUAGUUAAAGAAGCCAAAUUAAUUCUCGUACCAGAAGCAACGUUAGCACGCAUAAAAUAUUGGCUAGCUGAAUAUCCAAUUGUUAUACAAGAUAUGAAAAUAUCAGAUAAGAAAAUAUUUGAUAAUGAAAAUUUGGAAAAAUCAAAAUUUGAUACAGAUGAUUUUUUUAAUAAUCCUACAACGACAAUGUCGCUAUUUUUUGAAACCGGGCCAGCUAAAGAAGAAUGGUUUCAUAAAUUAUCAUUAGUUCUACGACAAGGUAAAGAUGAAAUUGAACGAGCGAAUCGUCUAUCAAUGGGUGCUCCAUCGGCUCCCGGAAUUCAAACGUCAUCAUCGCGUGACAAUGUGUCAGUGACAAUUGCUGAAAUGCCAGUACCACUUGUUAAUCGAAACACAGACACCCGUACGGUAUUAGACGAUCGGGUUCAAAUGAAAGAAUCUGAGAAUGUCGGUCCCCCGUAUGCUGACACAAUGAAUGCAGACAAAACACAAACGGAAUCGUUACGUGAACAAAUAACUAAUGAACAUAUUCAAAACGAUAUUACACAAGCGAAAUUACAAGCUGAAGAAUUGAGACGUGAAAAUAUUGAAAAAGAGAAAGACAAAAAGCCGAAAGAUUCAGAUGCCACUGGUACACAACGUACAGCAUCAAUGAAAAAAAAAUUUAAAAAACAAGAAGAAACAGUAGAAGUAUUAUUACAAUCGCACGAUUGUUUAGAUGAAGCAGCCAUAACAUUGAAUUUUCUUGCAAGAAGAUUAUUAUGUGAUAUAUUCGAAGAGCCGUUGUUCAAAGAUUUAAUGAAAGAAAAAGUCGAAUUAAAAUUAAAAGAAAUAGCUGUUUCCGUACUAGGUGAAUUGAAAGUUGAAAAAAUUGACUUAGGCAAUACGUUUCCUGUCAUUUUGAAAGUUGAACCAAUGCAAUGGAAUUCAAAAGGAAUAUGGUUUAAUUUAUUCGUAUUUUAUCGUGGAAGUUUUAAAAUCACAAUUAAAACAAAAUUACAUUUACAAAAAUUACUUCAUUAUAAUCCUACUCAUGAUGAUCCAAUGUUUCAGCAACAUCGUUCCGCGCAACUCGUUCAUAAAAUGGAAGAAAAAAUUGAUGAUGACGAUGUAGAAGCGCAGAAAAAACUUCUAGCCAAAGAACCUGAAGUACCAGAAAAUGUUGCAUCACGUAAACUUGGCACAUUGUUACAAAAAUUGGCAACAAGCAAACAUUUUCAACGAUUUGCAGCAUUAAAACCUGUCGCUGGCGUUAUUGAAAAGUUAUCUGGCACAGAAGUAGGUGCCAAUGUUGAAUUAACAAGUUUCUCUGGUGUAAUGACAAUCAAUAUUCCUCCACCACCAAGUGAUCGUAUCUGGAUUGGUUUUCCUGAAUUACCUGAUUUAACCCUUAAAGUGACACCAGUAUUUGGCGAAAGUAAAUAUUCAUACAAUAUUAUACAUGAUUUUCUAGAAGAUGAAAUGAAACGUUUACUUGUGUUACCAUCCAUGGAUGAUCAAUUAUUAUCGUUCUUUCGUGACUGGGUUAUCGAUGCUAUUGGUGAUAUUGCGUCCAAGGAUGUUAACCCGUCAACUGAUAAUGUUAAAGCUAAUCAGUCUGGUAUACGUGAAUAUUUCACUGAACAUAACGCUUAUAAAGAUUUGAAUCAAGCCAGUGGAUCAAACGUCGCAGGCAGUAGUUUUUCAUCAGUCGAAAAAACUACACCUCCACCUCCAAAUAAAUCACGUCAUCAUCAAAAAUCCACAAGUAGUAAUCAAAAUGAAUCAAAUGAAAUGGAUCUUGGAGAGGAAAUGACAGAAUUUUGA